AUGGCCAAAAUCGAAUCCAAAAGGCUAAAUAAGCCACUCGCAAAUAGUGAUGAUUUGAUGGAAAAGCUAUCUAUCGACCAUUUCGAUUUAAACGCCAUUCUGCGAGGAGCACAAUUGACUAUUGUAGGAGCUCUGAGAGCUCUACGGAAUCCCCAAUUAUUUACCUCGAAACAUUAUAAGCAGGCUGCCCUCGCGGUCUUAGCAGGUGUCAUAAUUCGACUAGCCAUAGAGAUCCCCAUUUUCGGGGUAAAGGUCUUUCUAUGGUUUGUGUCGUUUGUUGUCGACCUAGGGGCGUCCACCUUCGAUGACAAGGUGGUUGAGGGCCUAGAUCUCAUCCAGAAUCAUGUUCUACAAGUUCCUUUCUUUCUCAUGAGCAUACUGAGUCGAGUUACUCCAACUCUUGACAAUAUGUUCAUGAUGAGCCUUGCAUUCGUCGACGAAACCUAUUACGAGAAACAUAAAGGGGAAGAUCGCUCUACCUUACGAAAUGAAUAUUAUCCAAACCUACGACGAUAUCCCAAGAAAGAUGGCACAACACAUAAAACAAGCACAGCCGAGAACAUGUCCCUAUUUUUAAUGAAGUUUGGAAAGAAGGCAGGACUCUCUUUAGCGGUUUAUGCUCUAUCUUAUGUUCCGAUACUUGGACGAUUCGUCCUUCCGGCAGCGAGUUUUUACACAUUCAAUAAGGCAGCAGGACUUGGUCCCGGCCUGAUAGUGUUUGGUACGGGUAUAUUUUUGCCUCGUAAGUAUCUUGUAAUAUUUCUACAAAGUUAUUUCUCAUCACGAAGCUUGAUGCGAGAAUUGCUUGAGCCAUACUUCGCUCGUAUAAAAUUCACCAAAGAGCAAAAGAAAAAUUGGUUUCAUGAUCGAGAGGGACUUCUGUUCGGGUUUGGUAUUGGGUUCUAUAUACUUCUUCGAAUCCCUCUCCUUGGUGUACUUGUGUAUGGCAUUGCAGAAGCAUCGACAGCAUAUCUCAUCACCAAAAUUACCGACCCGCCUCCACCUGUUGGACAAGAAGAUAGCUUUGCUGCCAGCCAGCAAAAGUGGAAGAAUAAGCAUGAAUUCUUGAACCUCAAACUCGACCAACUAGAUGCUCUUAAUACUCCCAGCACGAAGGUAGUCUCACAGGGCGUUUCAGACGAGAAAGCAUCAUCGUCUGCCACAGAAGUACCAUCACAAUAUAGUGAGCUGAUUUCAAGGUAA